GCAGUGGUACGCAUUGUGAGUCUACAAUCACAGGGAGAAGAAUGAAGUCUCUCGUGCUCCUUCUAUUGGUGGCUGUUACUGUAUCAUCUGUGCUGUCUAAACCCCUCCCUGAAGACUCUGAAGCAGAGGUUCACAAGGAGUUUGAGACAUGGAAAGUUAAAUACGGGAAGAGCUAUCCGUCUACCGAGGAGGAAGCCAAACGUAAGGAGAUGUGGUUAGCGACGAGGAAGAGGGUGAUGGAACACAAUAUGAGAGCAGGAAAUGGAUUAGAGAGCUUCACCAUGGCGGUCAAUCACUUUGCUGACCUGACUAAUGAGGAGGUUCCUAGAGGACUUUUGCCCAUGCCUCGACCUGAGGAAGAAGAGGUGGACAGAGAGUUUGAGAUGUGGAAGACUCACAAUGGUAAGACCUAUAACUCCACUGAGGAGGAAGCCAAGCGUAAGGAGAUCUGGUUAGCUACUAGGGCAAGAGUGAUGGAGCACAACAAGAGAGCAGAGAAUGGCUCAGAGAGCUUCACCAUGGGGAUGAAUUCCUUCUCUGACAUGACUUCUGAGGAGAUUCCUAGAGGGGGACUUCUGGUUGUGUUUCCCAGUCGAGAUGGAGGGGAGGAAGCAGAGGUGGAUAAAGAGUUUGAAACGUGGAAGGUUCAACACGGGAAGAGCUAUGGUUCCACUGAGGAGGAAGCCAAGCGUAAGGAGAUCUGGUUAGCUACUAGGGCAAGAGUGAUGGAGCACAACAAGAGAGCAGAGAAUGGCUCAGAGAGCUUCACCAUGGGGAUGAAUCAUCUUUCCGACCAGACUACUGCGGAGGUUACAGGACGAAGGCUUCAAGAUGGGGAGGAAACAGAGGUACACAAGGAGUUUCAAACAUGGAAAGUUAAAUAUGGAAAGACCUAUCCGUCCACCGAGGAGGAAGCUAAGCGCAAGGAGAUCUGGCUAGCUACUAGGAAGAUGGUGACGGAACACAACAAGAGAGCAGAGAAUGGCCUGGAGAGCUACACCCUGGCAGUCAAUCACUUUGCUGACUUGACUACUGAGGAGGUUCCUAGAGGGCUUUUACCUAUGGAAUGAAGAAGCUUUGACACUACGAGGAAUGAACAAUUUUGAAAUUUACAAUAAAUAUAAACACUACACUUUCAAUUCUUGUGUCCAUUUUUUCCUUUAUUUUAUACCAGCCUAUACGGCAGGUUUCCCCAACUGACAGUUGGCUGAAUUUGGCCCGUGGGUGGUUUUAUUUGGCCCCCCAAUGUCACGUUCUGACCUUAGUUAUUUUAUUAUGUCUUUGUUUUAGUAUGGUCAGGGCGUGAGUUGGGUGGGUUGUCUAUGUUCAUUUUUCUAUGUUGCGUUUUGCGUUUGGCCUGGUAUGGUUCUCAAUCAGAGGCAGGUGUUAGUUGUCUCUGAUUGAGAAUCAUACUUAGGUAGCCUUCUUUCACCUGUGUUUCGUGGGUGAUUAUUUUCUGUUUUGUAUUUCACUGUUCAGGACUGUUUCGUUUUGUUCUCAUUGUUUUGUUUUUUUGUUCAUAUAAUAAAUACAAUAUGGACACUUA